UUCGUUUAGUUUUCGUUUUGCCUGCUACUUUCUCGGAGUCCAAACAGAAAAAGAGAAGAUGUCCGUGCUAAUAACUACAAGUUUAGGAGACAUAGUGGUUGAUUUAUUCACAGAGAAGUGCCCCUUGACCUGCAAGAAUUUCUUGAAGCUUUGCAAGAUUAAGUAUUAUAAUGGCUGCCUAUUUCACACGGUUCAGAAGGAUUUUACUGCACAGACUGGUGACCCAACUGGUACAGGAACUGGUGGUGAUUCAGUUUACAAAUUUCUUUACGGUGAUCAGGCUCGAUUUUUUAGUGAUGAAAUCCAUCUUGAUUUGAAACAUUCCAAGACUGGAACUGUUGCAAUGGCCAGUGCUGGAGAGAAUCUGAAUGCUUCCCAGUUCUAUUUCACACUGCGUGAUGGUCUGGACUACCUAGAUGGGAAGCAUACAGUCUUUGGAGAGGUGGCAGAAGGGCUUGACACUUUGACUAGGAUAAAUGAAGCUUAUGUGGAUGAAAAGAACAGGCCAUAUAAAAAUAUCCGAAUCAAACACACCUAUGUACUUGAUGAUCCUUUUGAUGAUCCUCCUCAACUAGCAGAGUUGAUUCCUGACUCUUCUCCUGAAGGCAAACCAAAGGAUGAGGUUGAUGAUGAGGUGCGGCUUGAAGAUGAUUGGGUGUCUAUGGACGAGCAAUUAGGUCCAGUGGAGCUUGAGGAGGUUCUUCGAGCAAAGGAAGCUCAUUCUAGUGCAGUUGUACUUGAGAGUAUUGGGGAUAUUCCUGAUGCCGAGAUAAAACCUCCUGAGAAUGUUCUCUUUGUCUGUAAACUGAAUCCUGUUACUGAAGAUGAGGACUUGCAUACAAUCUUUUCACGAUUUGGAACCGUUGUAUUGGCUGAAAUAAUACGUGAUUACAAGACUGGAGAUAGUUUGUGCUAUGCUUUUAUAGAGUUUGAGACCAAAGAGGCAUGCGAACAAGCAUAUUUUAAGAUGGAUAAUGCUUUAAUUGAUGAUAGAAGGAUACAUGUGGAUUUUAGUCAAAGUGUUUCAAAACUAUGGUCUCAAUAUAGGCGCAAGAACAGCCAAACUAGUAAAGGAGGAGGUUGCUUCAAAUGUGGUGCACCUGAUCACAUUGCUAAGUAUUGCGCUGGGGGUCCUGCCAACAAGCAACUUCAACCUCCAAAAUAUGUUCUGAAGGAUGAUAAUCUGCAACGUGGUGGAAAUAAUAACUCUAGAUAUGAAAUGGUAUUUGAUGGAGACACUCCGGAAAGUCCAAGACAAGAAAUGAGAAUUGGGCGCCAUGAUCCAGAGAGAGAGAGGAAGUACAGGACAAGUUCAGAAGACCUGAAACACAGGGAUGAAGAAAAGAAAUAUUCAAGUGAUAGGCACAGGCAUAGUGGACACAAGGAGGAUGAUAGACAUCAUCAAAGGAAAAAAAGUAAAUAUCCUGAGGAGCGAAUUGAUAGAAGAAAAGAACGAGAUGAUGAUAGGAGAGAUGACCGAGAAUACAGAAAGAGAAGUUCUGAUACUGAAGGCUGUGGAGAUGAGAGGGAGAAAGAAAGUUAUAGGAAGAGAACUGCAGGUGAUGAAAGUCGCAGGGGAGAAUUGGGGGAUGGGACCGAUUCUAAAAGGCGGUACGUAGAUGGUGACAGACGUGACACAAGAGAUGAACCAAGUUAUAGAAAUUAUGAUUGCCACAGAGGCAGGAGGGAAGGGCGAGAAUAUAGAUAUCAAGGCAGAGAAAGUGGUGAUGAUCAUGAUACAAGGCAUCGAAGUGAUAGAAGGAGAUGAAGACUUGAACUUGGUUUUGGAGUUUCUUAUCAGUUAUUCUGAUGACUGCAUCACUCUUAAACCAUUAAAUUUAUGUAAUUUCUUGCACAAAAAUCCUCAAAAGCAAGCCUGGGACCUUUCGGAGAGUA